GUCCGCUCUCCCUCGGCGGCUCCUAGUGCAGUGCGCCCGCCGCGGCGGAGUGAGCGCCGUCGGUCAGCCGCCCUCCUCCGAGUCUCCCCGGCUUGGGACUCGCUCCCUGCGGCUCUGCGAGCGCCCCUGAAUACGGGCGGCGGCCGCGGUGGGUCCGGCAGUAAUGAAUGACAAAUCAAGAAAAACGGCAGAAUAGCAUAGGUUAUCUUAUGAUGAGGACUUUACUAUGGCUAAUGACCCCUUGGAAGGCUUCCAUGAAGUAAACCUUGCUUCACCUACUUCUCCAGACCUUCUUGGUGUGUGUGACUCAGGAACUCAAGAGCAGACUACCUCACCAAGUGUCAUCUACCGGCCACAUCCUUCAUCCUUAUGCUCUGCUCCUAUCCAGGCUAACGCCUUAGAUGUUUCUCAUCUUCCUACGCAACCUGUGUAUUCAUCCCCGAGGCGUUUAAACUGUGCCGAAAUAUCUAGUAUCAGCAUUCAUGUUUCGGACCCAGCAUCGUCUGUUACCUCUGGAGUUGCGGCGGGACUAACUAAAUUAACUCUGAGAAAGGACAGCUGUAAUGCAGAGAGGGAGUUCUUACAGGGGGCCACUAUCACAGACACUUGUUUGGGCAGUGAUGAUAUUUUUGGGUUGAGUAAGGAUAGUCUGUCCCGGUUACGAAGCCCAUCUGUUCUCGAAGUUAGAGAAAAGGGCUACGAAAGAUUAAAAGAGGAACUUGCAAAAGCUCAGCGGGAAUUGAAGUUAAAAGACGAAGAAUGUGAGAGACUCUCGAAAGUGCGCGACCAACUUGGGCAGGAGCUAGAGGAACUCACAGCCAGUCUCUUUGAGGAAGCUCACAAGAUGGUAAGAGAAGCAAAUGUCAAGCAGGCGACCGCAGAAAAACAGCUGAAAGAAGCCCAAGGGAAAAUUGAUGUACUUCAAGCCGAAGUGGCCGCACUGAAGACACUUGUAUUGUCCAGUUCUCCAACAUCACCUACGCAAGAGCCUCUGCCGGGUGGCAAGACACCUUUUAAAAAGGGGCACACAAGAAAUAAGAGUACAAGCAGUGCUAUGGGCAGCAGUCAUCAGGACCUCAGUGUGAUACAGCCCAUUGUAAAAGACUGCAAAGAGGCUGAUUUAUCUCUGUAUAAUGAAUUCAGAUCUUGGAAGGAUGAGCCCACAAUGGACAGAUCAUGUCCUUUCUUAGACAAAAUCUAUCAGGAAGAUAUCUUUCCAUGUUUAACAUUCUCAAAAAGUGAGCUGGCUUCAGCUGUUCUGGAGGCUGUGGAGAACAACACUUUGAGCAUCGAACCUGUGGGAUUACAACCUAUUCGAUUUGUGAAAGCCUCAGCAGUCGAAUGUGGAGGACCAAAAAAAUGUGCCCUCACUGGCCAGAGUAAGUCCUGUAAACACAGAAUUAAGCUAGGGGACUCAAGCAACUAUUAUUAUAUAUCUCCUUUUUGCAGAUACAGGAUCACUUCUGUAUGUAACUUUUUUACAUACAUUCGAUAUAUUCAGCAGGGACUUGUGAAACAGCAGGAUGUUGAUCAGAUGUUUUGGGAAGUUAUGCAGUUGAGGAAAGAGAUGUCACUGGCAAAGCUGGGAUAUUUCAAAGAAGAGCUCUGACGGUCUGCGUGGGACCGUGCAUGACCUCCCGAACAACUGCAGAACGGCUGGAUGUUUGUAUGGUUACUCAAUAUUUAUUUCCGAGAAGUGGGCCCAAGACUUCCCCCCUCUUUUGCAAAUUACACUACGAAGUACUGUGAUUUCUUUUAAACUGACUUAAGCUGUCUUUGCUUAUUCCUUAAUUGAACACACUAUAAAGAAUUACAGGUGUACUAGUGAUUGUAAUUUAUAGUUGCAAAACAAAAACCCACUAAAUAAAUAAAUACUAGAUUAAA